AUGAUUGAUAUUCGUCUUUUAAUUAAAGAUAAAGAUGAUAAUUAUCAACCAGGAAUACGUUCUCUAGGACCAAUAUUUUUAUCUAUUGUCUAUUAUGGAUAUGGUUUGAUCGUUGUAUAUCAAUAUCAUCAUUUGGGAAUAUAUGUUUUUGCUUGGUUGAGUUUUUUACAAUAUAUAUUUUUAUGUGUAGAAAUUUUUUCAACUAUUCUCGUUAUGAUAAAACAUCCAUCACCUGAUAAACAAAUGGAAAUUGCUUUUCUUAUUAAUUUAAGCAUUACAAUGAUAUCUAUAUUUCAAGCAAUAUUAAUGUGUAUUACAUUUAAACUUACGUUCAAAUUGUUCCAUUUGAUUCAAAUUUUUAAACGUGAUGUUCUCGAACAAAUGUAA